CGUGCAAUUCUACCUCACGCGGCUGGCCUGUUCCUAAUUUUCCGACCACGCUGCAUUCGCUUAGUCGCUAUACCUGAUUCGACACGGACCUUGACGCUGCGACAGCUUACAUUGGGUAAAGUAGCACUGCUACUGCUCCACAGUGGUACAGAAUGUCUCUAUGGAGCAGCGAACGACUCUGAAUGGGACCGGCGGGUAUCUGACGAGCGCCUUCCUGUGCCGCGUCGGCGACGAUUCGAAUUGCGCUAUAUGUAGAGGAGAGAGACUGCUCCAGGCACACUUCUACCCGACCUAAAUUAGCCCGACGUCCUUCUUCCGCACCAUCUUGAGCCGCGUAUAGCCCCCGCAGAGGCCGAGUAGCAUCAUGGCUCGAGCAAUGAGUGUACACAAAUUAACGAAUAGUUGGACGUUCAAACAAGCCGGCGAUAUAUCCGAGGACGCCUGGCUGCCCGUCAAGAGAGUCCCAACCAAUGUGCACCUGGAUCUUAUUGAUAACGCCAAGAUACCUGACCCCUUUCUGGGCUUCAACGAGCUCGAAGCUGAGUGGGUGGCAGACAAGACCUGGACAUACAAAGUGCAGCUGCCGGACGUGAAGACGCCGCAUGAUGGUUCUGUGACGGUAUUGGUCUUCGACGGCCUGGACACGUUCGCAACAGUCAAGCUCAAUGGCGAAGUCAUCCUUGAAAGCGACAACAUGUUCGUCCCUCAUCGCGUGGAUAUUACCAACAAGUUGAAGCAAGGCUCGGCCAACACUCUUGAGAUCGACUUCGCUUCGGCCAGAUUGGAAGCCAUCAAGAUUAAAGAAGCUCACCCUGAGCACACUUGGGUUGGAUUCAACGGCGACAUGUCUCGAUUGGCAGUGCGAAAAGCGCAGUACCACUGGGGCUGGGACUGGGGACCGAUGCUCAACACUUGCGGCCCAUGGCGACCUAUUCGACUAGAAACUUACCAGUCAAGGGUCAAGGAUCUCCGUAUUGACUAUGCGCUCGACGACAGUCUCAAAACCGCUACUGGAUCCCUCAAGGCUAUUCUGGAGGGAACUUCGGGCCAGAAAGUGAUGUUCGAAGUACGCAACGGCGAAGACUUGGUUUUUCAGAGCUCUGCAGACGUCCGGGAUGGUGUGGCCCAAGUCGAGUUCAAAGUUGGCGAUGUCCGGCUUUGGUACCCCCAUGGGUAUGGAGAUCAACCGCUGUACACGGUCACUGCGACUGUAUCAGCUGACGGUGUCACUUUACAUCAAGCGACCCGGCGGACCGGCUUCCGUAGAGGGGAGCUGGUUCAAGAGCCAGAUUCUGUUGGGAAGACCUUCUUCUUCAGGAUCAAUGGUGUCGAUGUGUUCUGCGGUGGCUCCGAUUGGAUCCCAGCCGAUUCUUUCACACCCCGGGUUGACGAGGAGACGUAUCGCAAAUGGCUCGAGACGAUGGUUGACGGCUAUCAAGUCAUGAUACGUAUCUGGGGUGGAGGCAUCUGGGAGGAAGACAUAUUUUACGAACUUUGCGAUGAGCUCGGAAUUUUGGUCUGGCAGGACUUCAUGUUCGGCUGUGGAAAUUACCCUGCCUUCCCCACCAUCCUUCGAUCGAUCGAAAAAGAGUGCGUGGCUAAUGUCGCCCGGCUGCGUCACCACCCUUCCAUCGUCAUCUACGCCGGCAACAACGAAGAUUACCAGGUGCAAGAGUCAUUCGGUCUCACGUAUAAUUACGAAGACAAAGAUCCGGAGAGCUGGCUCAAGACGGACUUCCCUGCCAGAUACAUCUACGAAAAGCUCCUGCCCGAUGUCGUUGCCGCCGAAAGCCCGCAUGUGCCGUACCACCCUGGCAGCCCUUGGGGAGAUGGCCUGCGUACCUCCAAUAAAACUGUUGGCGAUAUGCACCAGUGGAACGUAUGGCAUGGCACCCAAGAAAAGUAUCAAAUCUUCGACACGCUGGGCGGGCGGUUCAACAGCGAGUUCGGGAUGGAGGCUUUUCCUCAUAUUGACACUAUCAAGUACUACUGCACAGACCCGAAGCAACUGUAUCCACAGUCGCAUAUGCUCGACUUCCACAAUAAAGCCGACGGCCACGAACGAAGGAUUGCGACGUACUUGGUGGAGAAUUUCAGAACGAAGACUGAUUUAGAAUCAUUUAUCCAUCUGACGCAACUAUCCCAAGCCGAGGCCUUGAUGUUCGGAUACCGUGGCUGGCGAAAGCAGUGGGGUCAACAGCGCUACUGCGGCGGCGCAUUGGUGUGGCAGUUGAACGACUGCUGGCCUGUUACAUCAUGGUCGAUUAUCGACUACUUCCUGCGUAAGAAGCCUGCAUACUACGCCAUGAGACGAGUCUUGGCACCAGUUGCAGUGGCUGUCAGGCGGGCACACUUUGACUGGAGCGUGGUUCAUGCCCGCGUACCGAAGACCAGCGAGUACGAGGUGUGGGUGGCCAGCAACCAGCCCACUGAACUGACUGCAACUGUUGAGCUUCGAUUCAUCUCGGUCGCGACCGGCGAGGAGAUUAAGGAAAAGAUAGUCAAGCAGGACAUCAAGCUAGUGGCGAACGGCACCACCGAUGUGCUGUCAGGGUCGAUCGACAAUGUGAAGGAAGAGCCUCAUGUCCUGGCAGCCAGGAUCUGGGUCGACGGAGACAUUGUGUCCCGCGACGUCGACUGGCCGCAGCCGCUCAAGUACCUUGACUUUGACGGCCGUGGCGUCGAGGUCACAGCCCAGGGUGACAGGAUUGUGGUCAGGGCAUCAAAGCCUACAAAAGGGCUAGUGUUCGAGGAAAGGGCAGGGGUGUUGGUACACGACAGUGCCAUCGACGUAGUGCCGGGCGACGAACAGACGAUCCAGGUGAGGGGGCUCGGGGAAGGUGAUGCGCAUCUGAAGUGGAGGUAUCUGGGCCAGAGUUGAUGCCGUCUCAGCAGAUGGUCAAAGGCAUUGCCGCAUCGCUGGCUAGGCGGGGCUGGGGCAGGAAGGUUGAGGUGGAGAGAGUGCACGUUGGCUGACGGACGGUUGCACAGGGCGUGCACGUCGCGGCAAUGCAACGCCGAUGCAGAGUCUGGCUUGGGGCAGGCGUGGGUGGAGAGACG